AGAAAAGAUCAUGCUUCCGCUUGUUAAAUUGCUGAUGCUGAUGCUCCUAUCGCAACUUUUGGUGGAGGCAAAAGAUAUCGCAUAUCCUGAUCCAAUUUGCAUACCCCCUUCCACUGGCACUAAGGAUCCAUUAGCUGACCAAAUCUGCGAAUCAGAUUGCAAAAAAAUCAAAAAGUGCAAGGGAGGCGGCUGCAAAAAAGGUGGGCUAUGUGUAUGUAAAGGAUGUCCGUGAUCAGAACAAGCCAGGACGAAUUUUGAAAGGGUCAUCAUCCCUGUUGAAAUAGUCUGCAUAAACACUUCAGCUUUUACGUUUCUAAGAUCUUAAGUGGAAACCAAUGAAAGCUCUGCACAGUCGCGGCUCAAGUGUCUUACAUGAGGAAGCUGGUCAUGUAUCCUGGGGUAUGGGACAAGAAGUUGUCAAUAGGCUCCACCUCCACGGACUACUAUUAGGAGCUGUGGCGGACAGAAGUGCAACUGUUGCAGAUGACCGGCCUCUAUCGUGUAUUUAUCUCGUAAACUGCGAGCUCAUAAUCAUUAGGG